AUGAGGCAGUACAGUGAAGGUGAUAUGGAAGAUGCAGGAGCGCCAUUCAGUGUGCUUCAAGAAUCAAAUUUGACCCAGGAAACUGCUCUUAUCGUACUGGAAACUAGUCAAGUUUUAGCUCAACAUGCUUCAAGUGGCAUCAAAAUGAUGCAUCCAGAGGGAAGUAAAAUUUUCUCGCAACUCCUGUGCUUGCUUUUAUCGUUGCUGGAUGAUUGUUGGCCAGAAGCUUUCCGCGACCAUUUUUACCAGAGUGGCCCCCUGGAUGGCCUGGCUCUUCUCAUCGAAUCGCUUCUUGUGCAGAUGAACAGUCGACUGCCGAGAAUACAGAGCGCCGCAGCAGCACUGCUGCAUCUGGUUCUGAGAAACGGCUACGAAUGCACAUCACAGACACGUGAGAAAAAUUGGUGA